GUCGGGAAGAGCUCCUGGGAAGAGGGCGGUGUGUGACCCCUGCCCCGGAAGCCCUCCCUCGCUCUCCCGGAAGCACCGCCCCCUCCGCCUCAGUCUCUCUCUUUCCGCCGCCAUCUUGAAGCCGGCUCCCCGCACAAAAUGCCUGGUGAAGCGACAGAAACCGUCCCAGCCACAGAGCAGGAACUGCCACAGCCUCAGGCUGAGACAGCUCCUGCUGUCCCUGCCCCUCCUGCCGGUGCUCCUGCAGCGCCCGCAGCCGCUGUUUCUGAGCCUCCUGUUCAAGUGUCAGGGUCCGGCACAGAAUCCGACAGUGACGAAUCGGUGCCAGAACUCGAAGAACAAGACUCUACACAGGCCACCACACAGCAGGCACAGCUCGCAGCAGCAGCUGAAAUAGAUGAAGAACCAGUUAGCAAAGCAAAACAGAGCCGGAGUGAAAAGAAAGCACGAAAGGCAAUGUCCAAACUGGGCCUUCGCCAGGUCACAGGUGUAACCCGAGUCACCAUCCGGAAAUCCAAAAACAUCCUCUUCGUCAUCACGAAGCCAGACGUGUACAAAAGCCCCGCAUCAGACACCUACAUCGUCUUCGGUGAGGCAAAGAUCGAAGAUCUGUCCCAGCAGGCGCAGCUGGCAGCUGCCGAGAAAUUCAAAGUGCAAGGAGAAGCCGUCUCAAACAUUCAGGAAAACACACAGACUCCCACCGUACAGGAGGAGAGCGAAGAAGAGGAAGUUGACGAGACCGGCGUUGAGGUGAAGGACAUCGAGCUGGUCAUGUCCCAGGCGAACGUGUCCCGGGCGAAGGCUGUCCGGGCCCUGAAGAACAACAGUAAUGAUAUUGUAAAUGCUAUUAUGGAAUUGACGAUGUAGCCAUCAGAAGGGAGGAACCUUUUGGUUUUUCAGAGAAGAGUAAAAUGCAGCUAAAUUUAACAUUUGUACUAUUUCUAUCGAUAAAUAAAAGUUGUGGCUUAUUGUCGGUGAAAUCUUUUA